GUUCAACCCCAUAGAAGAAGACAAAGAAGAAGGAGCACCAAUAGCCAACCGCCGUUCAACCCCAUAGAAGAAGACGAAGAAGAAGGAGCACCAAUAGCCAGAGACCCAAACGGGAAGUGAUCUUCAACCAGGAUGCACGGGACAACGUGAAUGUCAACCAGUGUUUUAUAAACUGAAUUUAACCGUCAUAAUGAAGAAAUCGUCUACCUCUUUUGCAUUUUAGUAAUUGUAGCUCCAUAUUGCAUAAUAUAGCGUCUGUAACUAAACUAUUUAUUUGAGGCAUAUAGUAACAAUGUUGCCGGCUAAUAGGUUGUGGUUGUCUGAAGCAGCUCUUGGAAUGUUGCAAAGCCUUCGAUAUUACUGCCAGGAGACGCCCAGAAAGACCCGAAUAUGCGAGGCAAUCUCAAAUUUAGAUGUGGGAACAAAAAUCAAAGUGCAGGGCUGGGUUCGCUCUGUGAGACCCCAGAAGGAGAAUCUGUUCCUCCAUGUGAAUGACGGGAGCUCCCUUCAGUCUCUACAGGUAGUGGCCAGCUCAGAGCUCAACCACAGACUGCUGACGUUUGGGAGUGCUGUGGAGAUCUCAGGAAGCCUGGUCACGAGUCCCAGCCGCAAGCAGGACGUGGAACUGCAGGCUGACCAGAUAGAUGUGGUUGGAGAAUGUAACCCUGUGGACUUCCCCUUUAAGAUCAAGGAGAAACAUGGUCUGGAGUACAUCCGUCAGUUUCCUCACCUGAGGUGUAAAACCAACGUCUUCAGUUCCCUGCUGAGAAUACGCAGCGAAGCCACCACUGCUAUACAGCAAUAUUUCAAGGAGAAGGGCUUUAUUCAGGUCCACACCCCAGUCCUCACCUCUAAUGACUGUGAAGGGGCAGGAGAGCUCUUCCAGGUUGAGCCUGCAGGUCAGGAGAAGAACCAGGAUGAGGAAGGGCACCAACACUUCUUCUCUGUCCCAGCGUACCUGACUGUCUCUGGGCAGCUGCAUCUGGAGGUCACGGCUGGGGCGUUUCCUGGAGUGUACACUUUUGGACCAACCUUCCGGGCGGAGAACUCUCAGAGCAGACGUCACCUGGCUGAGUUCUACAUGGUGGAGGCAGAGAUCUCCUUCACACAGUCACUCGAGGAUCUAAUGAAGGUUAUGGAAGACUUGUUCAGGUCUACAACAGAACAUCUCCUAUCUCAGUGUCCUGAAGAUGUGGCUUUAUAUCACAAACAUGUGUCACCUGGAUACAGGGACUAUGUGGAUCUAAUGAUGAAGAAGAGGUUUAAUGUGAUAACCUACACUGAAGCCAUAAACAUCCUCAACAGCAGCUCCAAGAAAUUUGCUUUCAAAACAGAUUGGGGCUCUGACUUGCAGACAGAGCAUGAGAAGUACCUGGUGAAACAUUGUGGCGAUGUUCCUCUCUUCGUCACUGAUUAUCCCUAUGCCCUGAAGCCCUUUUACACACGAGACAACCAGGACCAGCCUCUACACACUGCAGCAGCAGUAGACCUAUGUCCCGGAGUAGGAGAGAUGUGUGGAGGUUCUCUGAGAGAGGAGAGACUGGACCUACUGAAGACACGUCUAGCACAGGCUGGUUUGGAUGAGACAUACGGAUGGUAUUUGGAUCUGAGGCGGUUUGGUUCUGUCCCUCACGGUGGGUUUGGUAUGGGCUUUGAGCGCUACCUGCAGUGUGUUUUGGGGGUCGACAACAUCAAAGACGUUAUUCCAUUCCCCAGAUACUCCCACUCUUGCCUUCUGUAAACUGUACACUGAGUAUACCAAACAUUAAGAACACCUUCCUAAUAUUGAGUUGCACCCCCCCCCUUCAGAACAGCCUCAAUUCAUCGGGACAUGGAUUCUACAAG